GACGGGCCGGCUCUACUUUCGCUGGCUUCCCAUCCGACUCGUCCGCAGUGUUGUACAGAGUGAUUGCAAGUGAUGCCGGGCCCGUUUGAAAUUGACCGCUCGCCGCCGAGCGCUGAGCUGCUCGAGGUCGCCAAGCAGGAGCUGCGCGAAACGCCGGAAGUGCGGGCGGCUGCCAUUGAGGAGCUGCGCAAGCUGCUCAGUGCGAGCGAUCUGAGCUUCCCGGACGAUGAGGAGUUUCUGCUGAUCUAUCUCCGCCCGACCAAGUUCUAUCCCGAGAGUGCACUGAAGCUGAUGCGCAAUGUGGCGGAGUUUAACAAGACGUACAAAGACCUGCUGCACAACCUGAUGCCCGCCGACGUGAAGCCGGUGUUUGUCGACCAUGGGCUGAUUAACAUUUUCACCAACCGCGACCAGAAGGGCCGCCGGCUGAUGGUGGUGCACAUGGGCGAGAAGUGGAACACGAAGGAGGUGACGGAGGAUCAGAUCUUCCGGGCCCUGUACACCAUCCAGAAGCUGGCCGUCCUCGAGCCGGCGACCCAGAUCAAUGGGGCCGUUGUCAUCUACGACUUCAAGGGCAUGGGCAUGGGCCACGUCAAGGCAAUGUCGACGAGCGGGGCCAAGCGGCUGCUCACGUUCAUCCAGGAGGCCUGCCCGCUGCGCAUGAAGGCGGUCCACUUCGUCAACGAGCCGAUGAUCUUCAACAUGGUCUGGUCGCUGUUCAAACCGUUCGUGAAGGAGAAGCUUAACAAGCGCAUGUUCUUCCACGGCGAGAAGAUGGCCAAGCUGCACGAGCACAUCUCGAAGGAGUGCCUGCCGGCGAACUACGGUGGAUCGCUUCCGGCCCUGGAUUAUGGUGGCAAGGAGUGGUACCCGGUGGCAGAGCAGUACAAUGACUUCAUCACCAAGUGGAACACUUGCGGGUUCAAGUAAACGUUUCACUGUUCAUUUGUUGAUUAAUGUUUUCAUGCCAUUUACCAAAUAAAAGUAAGGAAAAAUUGGGUUUUUAAUAA